GCUUUUCUUUUUCACGUUGAGAGCUGAGUCUCCUAGCAACGUGGGAAACAUUGGACACCAAGUCAGAGUCUGAAGACUGAGGAGAGGCUAAUGUGGACAUUCUGAGAUCAGCAUGUCGGUCCUGAACAGCCCAGAUCCCUGUGGUGAAAAGAAAACAUCUGACAGGAACACGGGUCAUCAUGACGAUCACGUUAUCCCGCGCACGGCUGCCGUUUCCAACACGGCCACUAGGGGCAGUCCACGCUUUGGAGCGUUGAGUCACCACUCCUUCUUCUCCAGACACAACCCUCACCCACACAGAGUCACACACAUCCAAGGUCUAAAUGGGAUUCCAGUAUGCAUGGUGAAUGACGACUGGUACGUGACCACCUCACUGUUCCCCCAUCCGCUCAUUAAGAGUCAGGUAUUCAGGACGAGUACAGGAGCACCUUUCUCCAUGCCUGCAGGACACAGUGUGUUCGGAGGCAGAUACAGCACCGGACACAGAACAGCUCUGUUAUCAGAAGCCUGGAAAGAGGAGUUGAAAGAUCUCUCUGCAAAGGUCAGCCUUUCUACUCAGGACAGAAAAGAUGAGAAUGAAGAGGAGGGUCUAGGACUGGUCCGGAGGAAGACCCAGUACUCUGCCCAGACCGGGAGGAUCAUCCCUCCCUCCUCUCAGGCUUAUCAGCGUAGCCACCAGCCUCAGACCCACCGUCACCCCCCUGCCCCGGUUCUACAUCAGCAGGAACUGAUGGUGCUGGAGCUGCUGUGCCAAAUCCUUCAGACUGACUCCUUAUCAUUGGUCCAGCAGUGGCUGCUGCUCGCGGGCCAGAGGGAGAAGGACCUGGUGAUGGGGUUGAUUCAACAGGCCAUGAAGGACUGUGUCUUCCCAAGGCAGCAGAGGUUGACUGAGUGUGAGGUACCCAGACGCCAUCCACACACCGCUCUGUCAGGACGGGUACUUACUAGCUGUGGACAUGCAAAACUAAGACUUCAUACCAGUUCAUCCCAAAUGCAGCUGCCAAUCAGCAAGGUGGACAAACCAGAGAUGAUUGGAGAAGCAGAGGUCCUUGAGGUCCACCCAGAAAGCCCGAAUCCGCCCGAAACUAAGGAACAUAUUGCCCAGGAUGAUCAGAACAAGCAGUGUGAUCAGAAGGAUUAGACUCCCUUAUAAUGUAAUGCUUCUGUGUUCAUCAUUUAACUGUAGUUAGUAGGAAGCCUGUUUAUGUAUUCAGAAACAACCUCUGACUAGUUAUUCUGUAUGAUGUAACACUGUUGUCAUGGUUCAAUUCUCAAACAAUUCUGAGCCAAUUAAAUCAGAGUGUUGUCCCA